AUGAAUGCUUUAUUAACUCCAACAAAUCUCUGUUCUCAGUGUACUUCAUUUUUCGUACAAUCAAUACUUUAUUUACCACGAAGCUUACAAUCAAUAACGGGUCAAGCAUUAAAACAAUUUUCAACGAAAGCAAAAACAAAACAAAUACGACAUUCAAGACGUGAAAUUGAUCAAAAUGUUAUUGUAGCAACACAACAAGCGUUCAAUGUUAAUAUUGGAUCAAUACUAAAUGGAAUAUCAAAAGAAGAAUUUCAAAAUUUAUCUGCUGUACCAUUAUCUUCGACAUCCUGCCUUUCGUGUCGAGCUGGUAUUACGCAGCAUAUCACUCAUCAAGAUUUAUUAAAAGUCGAAAGUUUAAUCUACAAUCAAGUUCGUGGAUUUAAAACACGACAUUCAGGUUCACCUGGUGUUGGUGGUGCUAGUAGUAGUACAUCGUCAGGUUCGUCUCGAAUCGCAACUGAAUUUGAUGGAUAUCGAUUAGCAGCCGGUACAAGUGGAAGACAUUCGCAACAACAAAAUGAACCCCCAUUAACAGCUUUUGUCAAUCGAUUUAUGCAAUAUUAUAAUCGUGGUAGUUCUUCAUCGCAAACUACGGAUGGUAAACGUCUUCAAGAUCUUUUACAAGCAACAACCAAUAUUGAUGAACAACAAAAAAUAAAAGUUGCAUUUGCUGAAGGUUAUGUGACAGCUGCUGGUAAUGAAUUGAAACCAAAAGAACGUCCAUCAUUAUUUAAAGCUAUACGUGUUAUAUUAUUUUAUGGUAUUUUGAUUAUGCUUAUUUUGAAUAUUAUUUCUGCCCUUGGUGGUAGUGACAGUGUACGUGGUGGAUUUGCAAAUCCUUUUUCAACUGCUAGUAAAUAUGAGAUUAAUCCCGAAGAAAUUAAAGUCAAUUUUGCUGAUGUUCGAGGCGCUGAAGAAGCAAAAGAUGAACUAAUGGAUAUAGUAACAUAUCUCAAGGAACCAGAAAGAUAUACGAAAUUAGGUGCUCGACUUCCUAAAGGUGUACUUCUUGUCGGUUCACCUGGCAUCGGUAAAACACUUUUGGCUCGAGCUGUUGCUGGUGAAGCUGGUGUACCAUUUUUUCAUACAUCUGGCUCAGAAUUUGACGAAAUGUUUGUUGGUACUGGUGCUCGUCGUGUACGUCAAUUAUUCACUGCUGCUAAAGCUCGUGCACCAUGCGUUAUAUUUAUCGAUGAAAUUGAUUCAGUCGGUGCUAAACGAUCAAGUUCACAAUUACAUCCAUAUGCAAAUCAAACAAUCAAUCAACUUCUCGCUGAAAUGGAUGGAUUUGAAAAAAACGAAGGAAUCAUUAUACUGGCUGCAACGAAUCGUCGUGAUUAUCUCGAUUCAGCAUUGUUACGACCAGGUCGCUUUGAUUCUGAAAUACAUAUAUCACCACCUGAUCUUCGUGGUCGAACAGAAAUCUUUGAACUCUAUCUAUCGAAAGUAACAUAUGAUCGAAAUAUUGACAUGGAAUAUUUAGCUAAAGGCACAACCGGGUUUACUGGAGCUGACAUUGAAAAUAUGGUUAAUCAAGCUGCACUUUAUGCUGCUCAAAUAGAUGCACCAGCAGUAGAUAUGAAACAUUUGGAGCAUGCUCGUGAUAAAGUUCUUAUGGGUCCAGCUAAAAAAUCUAAAAUACCUGAUCAUGAGACGAAUAAUAUAACAGCUUAUCAUGAAGCUGGCCAUACUAUUGUUCGUUAUUUCAACCAUGAUGCGGAUCCGUUACAUAAAGUAACAAUAGUUCCACGUGGACAAGCACUUGGCUUUACAGCACAUAUUCCAAGUAAAGAAAUGUACAAUCGAACAAAAUCACAAUUGUUAGCUGAAAUGGAUGUUAUGAUGGGUGGACGUGCUGCUGAAGAGCAAAUAUUUGGAAUGGAUAAAAUAACUACAGGUGCAGCUAGCGAUUUUAACCAAGCAACGAAACUUGCGACAAACAUGGUGAAACAAUUCGGUAUGUCAGAGAAAGUCGGUACAAGAUCGUUUCGAGAAGAAGAGCAAGAUGCCGGUUUAGGUUUUGUCCGUGUUAACGGUGUAAGUCCUUCAAUGCAAGAAGUAAUUGAUUUAGAAAUCAAACGACUCAUGCAGGAAUCGUACGAUCGUGCAAAAGCAUUAUUGAAACAACACUCACAUGAACUUAAAAUUCUUGCUGAGGCUCUACUUCAUUAUGAAACACUCUCAGCUGAAGAAGUCAAAGCAUUGCUUGAAGGACGAAAACUAAAUCCAUGA